UUGUCCGUCCAACCCACUGAUCUUUUGCAGACUGUAAUCUUAUCAGUGUCAAACCGAAGCUGCCCUUUCCUCUCGGGCAGUUUUUUUGCCUCUCUUUGGAUGGCGUUUGCGCCACAAUUUGGAUAAAACCGCGCUUUUAUUAGAGCAAACUUUCAUCGCCUUUACAUUUACAGUUACCGACGCGUUUGUAUUUGUGAUAAAAUGAACAUUUGACCAUUUGAAACUUGCGACCAGAAGAAGACAUGGAAUCUACAUGUAAAGAAAGGAGUCUUUUAUACUUACUUCUCUUUGCAAUAUUCACGGCCAACGUUUGCUUUUGUGCAAGAAGAUCAAAUGUUCGGAGAUCUGAUCGUCUGAGUCCUCCAUUAGACAUCCAGUUGGAGACAUUCAACUGCACCGCCUUCAGCGUGCGAUGGAAGAUGCCCCGACGACAUGUUAGCACCAUCACAGGAUACAAGGUCUUCUACACUGAGCUGAAAAAUGGCCGUCCAUUGGAUACAUCCUCCAUGAUGGAGGUACCUCUCAGCUUGGACAUGCUGACCACUGGGCAAUUUGAUGGACAAGCGAGCUUUGAUGUGGAGGUUGGUAACCUAAGGGUGAACACUAAGUACAGGGUCAGCGUUGGUGCGUAUGGUUGGGCGGGGGAGGGUAGACCCAGUAUGCCCAGAGACGUCAGCACCGCCUCACAUGAAAUGUGUAUGCCCCCGUCACCCCCUACUCAGCCUGUUGUCAUGGCUGUAUCUGACACAGAACUGGCGUUGUCAUGGCAGCAAGGGGAGAGCGAGGGAAGCGCACCUGUCCUUCACUUCCUGGUCGCUUACAUCAGGCCAGAAAUGGACACGGAGUGGACGUAUAUUCGUGAGCCCAUUGAGACUAACUCCAUGGUGCUGAAGGGAUUAAUACCAGAAACAGAGUACCAGUUUGUUGUCAGGGCAGUCAACGUGCAUGGAGUCAGCCCACCCAGCCACAUCAACAACCCUGUGCGCACUCUCGGUGCAUCAGAAGUUGGCAGUGGUGAUUACGGGCGUUACAUCACAGAUCUGGGGAGCAAAGACGAGGAUGGCUUUGACAUUGAUGACUCUGAUUAUGAUAUCUUCAUUGAAGAAUUGAAGCCAUUCCCAGGUAUCAAUCAAGACAACAGGAAAUCACAGCUCCGUUCACGCUCUGGUCCACCGUCUGGUCAGAACGUUGUUUACCGCAUGAACACAAUUGCUCCUCCUAACGUUACUGCCCCUUCAGCCUCCUCUACCACCUCGUCCGUCUCCCAAGUCUUCACAGAUCUGGUCUUUUCAACCACCUCAGAGCCAAGUAACACACGUGACACCACAACUACUGCCUCCCUUACCACUACAAGCACCACUUUGCCCGCGACCACUCCCACCCCAACUAUGUCCCCCUGGAAGGGUGAGGUUCCUCGUGUGUAUGACCUCACCUGCGAUGAUACCGUGUGCCCCCCCGAUAGCUUCUGCCUCAGUGACUAUGACAGCGGAGGCUCACGCUGCCACUGCAACCUCGGACGAAGAGGGGACACUUGCUCUGAGGUGGUAUCGUUGAACUUUCCCAGGUUCUAUGGCUACUCCCACAUGACCUUUGAACCCUUGAAGAACUCCUACCAGACCUUUCAGAUCUCUUUGGAGUUCAAGGCAGACUCUGAGGAUGGCUUGCUGCUGUACUGCGGUGAGAAUGAACAUGGACGUGGAGACUUUACCUCUUUGGCCCUGGUACGAGGCAAGCUGCACUACAGGUUUAACUGUGGGACAGGAGCAGCGCAGAUCAUCAGUGAGAGUCGUAUUAUUGUUGGUCAGUGGCACACAGUAACCGCCUUCAGAGACGGUAUGAGUGGCUGGCUCCGAUUGGACAAUGACAACCCCAUAUCUGGUCGUUCACAGGGCCAGUACACUAAAAUCACUUUCCGUUCCCCGCUGUAUGUGGGUGGAUCCCCGAGUACUUAUUGGCUGGUCAGGGCGACAGGGACAAAUCGUGGCUUUGUAGGGUGCAUUCAGAGUCUGACCAUCAACAACAAGGCUGCAGACAUCAGACCCUGGCCUCUGGGCAGAGCUCUGAGUGGCGCUGAUAUAGGUGAGUGCAGCGAGAGUGUGUGCGACCUGGUCAGCUGUGCCAAUGGCGGCGUCUGCUUUGCAAACCGCGCUGAUGGCUACAUCUGCUUGUGUCCACUCGGUUUCAGAGGAGCACUUUGUGAGGAGAGUUUCUCACUGUCCUCGCCACUCUUCAAUGAGACAGUGUUUUCAUAUGCUGUCCUCCCGUGGCCUCAGACCUCUCAGAGUUACCUGUCCUUCAUGGAGUUCGAGCUGACGUUUCGGCCGUCAAUGCCUGACGGGGUGCUGCUGUACAGCGAUGAUGCAGGCAGCGGAGACUUCCUGGCUAUCAACCUGGUGGACAGAUAUGUAGAGUUCAGAUUUGACUGUGGCUCUGGAGGUGCUGUAAUAAGGAGUGAGGAGCAGAUCAGUCUGGACGCAUGGCAUGAACUGAGGGUGUCUCGCACAGCAAAGAGUGGUAUCCUUCAGGUGGACAGCCAGAGGCCGAUGGAAGGAAUCGCUGAGGGAGCUUUCACUCAGAUUAGCUGCAGUUCACCUCUCUAUAUUGGUGGAGUACCAGAAUAUGAUAAAACCAAGAGGACAGCAGGUGUGAUAAAGCCCUUCACUGGAACUAUUCAGAAGUUGAUACUCAAUGAUCGCACCAUCCCAAUAACAGCUGGCUCCGCUGGAGGGGUCAAUGUAGCCAAUUCUGCACAUCCAUGUGUGGAAAGCCCCUGUGCCAAUGGAGGGACCUGCAGGCCAAAGUGGGAUGGAUAUGAGUGUGACUGCCCUCUAGGGUACGAUGGCAGGCACUGCCAGAAAGAGUGUGGAAAUUACUGUUUGAACACUGUGACUGAAGCUAUUGAGAUCCCACAGUUCACUGGUCGAAGUUACCUGACCUACGACAACAGAGAUAUUCUCAAAAGGGUGUCUGGGUCCAGGAACAACCUUUUCAUGCGUUUUAAGAGCACAGCCAAGGACGGCUUGUUGCUAUGGCGAGGAGAUAGUCCAAUGAGACCCAACAGUGAUUUCCUGUCUAUGGGGCUGCAGGAUGGUGCACUGAUAUUCAGUUAUAACCUGGGCAGUGGUGCGGCUAACGUUGUUGUCAACGGGUCCUUUAACGAUGGAAAGUGGCACAGAGUCAAAGCUGUGAGGGAUGGCCAGUCAGGGAAGUUGACAGUCGAUGAUUAUGGAGCAAAGACAGGCAGGUCACCUGGCAAGAUGAGACAACUCAAUAUCAAUGGACCGUUAUAUGUAGGUGGCAUGAAGGAGAUAGCUCUACACACAAACAGGCAGUACAUGGGAGGUUUGUUGGGCUGUGUGUCACACUUCACGCUCUCUACUGACUAUCACUUGGCACUGGUGGAGGACGCUGCCGACGGCAAGAACAUCAACACCUGCUCCAACUAGACUAGUUUCAAGAGCUGGGGGUCUGAUUUCAGUACAAUUUUCAACUGAAGUGAACACCUCGACCGGCUGAUUGAAAUUGACCUGCCAGCACCAAACGAGUAACGACUGAAACAAUUACAUUUCUGUUAAAAGUUGACCAUUUCAGAGCUGACACGUAUAAGCUCAAACUGGAAAAAAGACUAACAUCAUUGUUACUUUGAGUAACAAGAACGUUUUUGUUUAAGUGGCUCCUGUGUGAACAGUUUUCAAACCAACUUUCCCCUGCCAAGUUGUAAGAUUUAUUUUAACAGUAGCAACUUGAUGAAUUGCUCUGGAAAACAGUUUUGGCCCACAGCAACAGCAAAAAUGACCAGAGAUCACCAGAGGAUUUUACAAAGCACAAGUACUCUGUGAAAGGAGAGAAAAAAGCUUAGCUUUAUGGGUAAUGAGGGUCUCUGAAAAACCUUUUGAAGGACAUUUUUUUCAUGGGAUGAUUCCAAUCUUAUCUUUAUUUUUUUCUACUGCAAAUCCUUAUUUGAUUGCUGGAAGAACCAAGUGAUCCGAGGGAUCAAGCGUCAUCACAAGUUUUUCAUGAACCUGACCUAGUGCAGCUAGCAGAGAUAAACUUCUUUGUAGAGGAUUUUGGUUUGGGGCCCUAGAGGAUUUCUGUUCUGUUUUUGUUGUUGUGGCAUUUGUAUUCUUGUUCGUGAUGUGUUUAUCAGUCUGUAGACUACUUUUUUAAAGUCUGAUUGAUGUCAGGUUUUUUUAAGGGUUGCUAGAUCUUGAGGGUGAAGAUGUUGGCUGCACACAAUAUUUGUUUCUUUUUACCUUCUUCUUUUAGUAUACAUGCUCCUUUAUCUAAAACUCUCAAAGUAGUCACAUGAAAGUCUGACGUUGACACAGUAAAGCAGCCAAAAUCCUGGAGAAAUUGUCCAUGACAGUCUGUUACUAUCAUUUGACACAGACCACAAUACUGUAGACUUCAAGCCUUUAAGUUUAGUUUCUUUGUAGCUUCUGAAUAUACAAUUUCUCUUUUUUUCAGCAUCAAUACAAGGUUGUCAGUUUAUUGCUUUUCCAUGCCGAAGCUUUACUCUUAAAGGGAUAUUCUGCGAAUGUUCCAUCUACUCUGUAUUUAAUCAAUUAUCUUUGGUUAUCUUGGUUGUUGUUGCGCUGACAGCAAUGUCAUAAUUAGAUAGUUAGUCCAUGAGAGGAUUCAAAGUUUGAAUUCAAAACAAAUCCAGAAAUAAAUCAUCACUUAUUACAUGAGUUUACAUCUUCAAUUUAUUUUAGGAGAAUGAAAAACCAUUUGUGAUCGCCUGUGGCGUUUUUAAUAAGUGUGUCAAAUCUGAAAAGAAUUGCGAUUGACAUACAUCUGUGCACCAUCUGACUGUGUAAUGGGAAUGGACAUGAAGUGAAGCGAUCCACAACGGGGUGAUCAGAUGGGUUGAUCAUCCACUGUACAAAAUGUAGCAGAUAUUGACUGUAUACAUCUGAUGAAACAUGUUUAUGUAAUAGCUGGUAACAAUAGACUGUAGAAGAGUUAUUGUAGCGUCUGUGAUGUCAGCAUAAUGUUUCGGAGCCUGAAGUUUAGGUCUACGCUUGCUGCCAAUUUCAUCAGAUAAUAAAGGCAGAUAAUACAAAAAGUCAAGUGUGCAAAGGGCUGAUCUGGGUGGGAAGAGCAAGCAGGAACCACCAUGAGUGUGGCUGAGUGUGGGCACCCUAAAACAUACUACUACUCAAGCCUUAAUAUCCUCUAUAAUAAUCCCUGGAAAAUUAAAAUGAGCAAUUUAUGGUCCUAAGUGAGUGUAUCCAUGUGUCACCAUUUUGUAGAUGAUGAAAGAUUGAUUGUUGACAAGUUUGAAAGUACACUUUUUGAGGCUUGAAGUCACUCCCCAAAACAUGCCACCGAUUUCUUUUUUUUAAAUUGACAUAUAAGAAAUGCUCACUGUAUUUAUAAUCUAUACACUGCAACAGUUGUCUGUCAAAAAUGAGACUCUCCAAAUGAAUGCUAA